AAAAACCAGCAAAAAUUAUUAAUACAACAAAGUAAAAAAUAAUUCGCAGUUUAGUAUCAAUUCGUAAGGCUAACUGAACAGGCCGUGGUCGUAGGGUGGUGUUUGUGUCUGGUGUAAAUUAAAAUUGAUUGCAAUUGGCCAAACGUUGUGUAAAGUGGGUCAGUUGGUUGUAAUUUUUUGGAGGUCCCAGCCCACUCCACUUCAACACUGCAGCAAAGUUUGUUCCGCUGCUCAACUCUAAGCUCAAAAAAAAUUAUUAUUGCAAAAUGUUGCACAAACUGUUAAUGCAAUGGCCAAAAGCACAAGCCAACUACAACGAUAGCAACACCAGCAACACCGGCAACACAAACAGUAGCAGCAGCCGCAACAACAACAACAACAACAACAACAUUAACAAUAACUGCAAAUCAGUUUUGUUACUACUUUUGCUCUUACUACUCCUCAGCUGGCAAAUCAAGUCCGCGGAUGGCCAUAAAGUGACGGCAUCUCUCAUAACGAAUCACAAUUAUCCAGUUGAGGAGCAUACGGUCCAUACACCGGACGAUUAUAUACUUACCAUCUAUCGCAUUCCCACAUCACCGAAACGUCAACAGUUGAAUGAAACUCUUGGACAGAAAAAACCUGUUGUUUUCCUACAACAUGGCAUAUUGUGUGCCUCUGAUGAUUGGAUUAUCAAUGGACCAGAAACCUCGUUGGCCUACAUGUUUGCCGAUGCCGGCUAUGAUGUUUGGUUAGGCAAUGCCCGUGGUAAUACCUAUUCGCGCCAACAUAAGAGUUUACAUCCAGACACCUCAGAUUUUUGGAAAUUCAGUUGGCAUGAGAUUGGUGUCUAUGAUUUGGCAGCAAUGCUGGACUACAGCCUGUCGGAGAGUAAUCAGACAUCGUUGCAUUUUGUGGCCCAUUCACAGGGAACAACAACUUUCUUUGUGCUAAUGUCCUCGCUGCCGUGGUACAAUGAAAAAGUGCGAUCGGUGCAUUUAUUGGCCCCCAUUGCCUAUAUGAGAUAUCAUUCAUUUAUUUUAUCCAAAUUGGGUGGAAUUUUCUUAGGAUCCCCAUCCUUUCUCAGCUGGGUGCUAGGCAGCAUGGAACUUUUGCCAAUCACGAAGGUUCAGAAACUGAUGUGUGAGCAUGUCUGCUCGGAGGGAUCGAUGUUUAAGUUCCUGUGUAAGGGUCUACUCGAUUUCAUCGGUGGUUGGGGUACAAGACAUUUGAAUCAUACUCUUUUAACAGAUGUGUGUGAAACGCAUCCGGCAGGUGCCUCAACUAGUCAAAUUAUUCACUACCUCCAGUUAUAUACAUCCGGAGAUUUUCGGCAGUAUGAUCAUGGCAAGGAGCUGAAUGAGAUCAUCUAUCAACAGUCCACACCACCAUCAUAUAAUGUACAGAAUAUUCACAGUUGUGUUCAUAUGUACUAUAGCGAUAAUGAUUAUAUGUCGGCAGUGGAAGAUGUUGAAUAUUUGGCCUCACAAUUACCGUGUGCCGAUCUGUAUCGUAUACCCUUCGAUGAUUGGAAUCAUUAUGACUUUUUAUGGUCAAAUAAUGUUAAAGAAGUUAUAAAUAAUAGGAUAAUAGAUCAAAUCCAUAGAUAUGACUUAGAGCACGCAACGGGAUUGAGUUUCUAAUUAACUAAUGUAGGAGAGAGAGUGCGCCAACAAUGUGAACAAUUUUAGCCAAAUUAUAUAGAAAGUACUUUUAAUUCUAAUUGUUGUAUAUGUAAAUACUUAAGUGUAAAUAAUCUGUAGUUAGCAAUUGUUUUUUUUGGAAAAUGAGCCUAUGCGUGAUAUUAAUGUUUACUUGGUAGUUAAUAGAUUUUAAGCUUGCCUAAGGUUUGUGAAAUGCUUUAACGA